AUGCCCGUCACAAGCCGUCCCUCCUUCCACAACAGCAGCCCGACGCUGCUGAAGUGCUACUGCCUGGCCUUCUACUACAUUCCCACCCUGGUCGAGGUGGGGGGCUUCCACUUCGACAAGAGCCCCGCCCAGAGCUACCGCCUCACGGUAGCGCAGGCCUUCCUCUUCCCGGCCGUCACGCUCUUCCACCUGGUGGCGUGCUUCCUGCCCAGCCUGGUCUACACCUCGGGGGCCGACGGGAAGACACUGGAGUACGUCAUGCACUUCCUGGAGGCGUGGGUGGUGUACACCGCGCUGCUCGUCCGCCUGGUCACCCUGGAGCCCAGCCUGGUGGUGCUGCUCGGCUGCUUCUGCAACAUCCACGUGCUCUACACCAUGGCGACCACGCUGGAUGGCAUCGGCAGGAGGGUCAUCGUCGGUGGGAGCAUCGCGCGCACGGCCACGGAGCUGCUCAUCCUGGUCCUCCCGGUCGCGCUAUCCUUCCUCGGAGGGCACGUCAGGACGCACCCCAAGGACCUCGUCCUCGUCGUCUUCACCCCGGAGCUUUACGGGAUCGUCGUCGACGUCUUCAACUCCGUGUGUGACGGUAUCCUGCGCGCCUUCACAGCCACACCCUAG